UGAUUGAGCAGACGGGUCUUCAUCAGCUACCAUAUUGCAGCUACCCGGUGACAGAUGCAGGCCUUAUUUUGGCCCUUGUGGAGCGAUGGCAUGAGGAGACUAGUAGCUUCCACAUGCCGUUCGGGGAGAUGACUAUCACCUUGGACGACGUGUCGGCUCUUCUCCAUCUCCCCAUGGGGUCGAGGUUCUAUACGCCUGGGAGGGGGGAGAGGGACGAGUGUGCAGCGCUCUGUGCUCAGUUGAUGGGAGGAUCUGUUGGUAUUUAUGAGGCUGAGUUUGAUACGAAUAGGUCCCAGACUAUUCGCUUUGGGGUCUUGCAGACCCGGUAUGAGGCUGCGUUGGCGGAGCACCGAUAUGAGGACGCUGCACGGAUUUGGCUGGUGAACCAGCUAGGCGCCACGCUCUUUGCUAGCAAGAGCGGAGGCUACCAUACGACCGUCUACUGGAUAGGGAUGUUGGAGGAUCUUGGUCGAGUGUGCGAGUACGCGUGGGGCGCGAUUGCGCUCGCUACGCUAUACGACCAGCUUAGUCGAGCGUCCAGGAGGGGGACGGCCCAGAUGGGAGGUUUUACCUCGCUCCUGCUAGGAUGGGUCUACGAGUACCUUUCUGACCGCGUCAUUAUCCGUAGGGCGGAUCCGGAGUACUCGCAGGACCAGCCUAGGGCGCGGCGGUGGGCUAUGUCCCGGGUCGGGCAUGCAGGCCUUGAUGAGAGGCGAGUCAUGCUCGAUGAGCUGACGGUGGAUGACGUUAUAUGGACCCCAUUUGAGGACCAUCGGGCUCAUCGACCACGGGAUCCGAGGGCCAUGUAUUCUGGCUACAUCCGGUCGCCAUUUGGCCGUGUUGUUCGACGGCAUCUACCAGAGAGGGUUCUGCGCCAGUUUGGCUUCAUACAGGAUGUCCCUCGACACCCCUCUGAGAUCCAGACGUCUGGGUCCCUUGCUGAGACCGCAGAUGCUGCCUUUGCUGAGUUUGCGCCGCACCUCCGCCCUCAGGGGAUCCCCGCUACAUAUCCGGGAGAGGCUGUGGAGGAUUACAUGAGGUGGUACAGCGCUGUGUCCCAUCGGUUCAUCAUCCCUGAUGAUAGGAGGGAGGAGUUCAGUGCAGUGACUGUUAUGCGUCGGGCCGUGGACUUGUUGGAGCAGUCACUCGAGGUGCCAGAUGCUCCUGCAGAGGGCACGCAUUCCCGAUCCCUCACUGAGAGGGCGCUGGAUCUUAUUAGAUCCAAUGCCUUCAUUGGUACCCAGGGGGUAGCCUUUGCUGCUGUCCGAGGAGCUAGAGCUGCAGGAGGCAGAGGUCGUGGAGACAGAGCGCGUGGAGGCAGAGGCCGUGGAGGCAGAGCCCGUGGAGAGGGUGCUCCUGCAGAGGGUGCGCGUGGAGGCAGAGGCCGUGGACCUAGAGGUCGUAGAGGGGCCGGUAGGGGUCGGGGCGAGUGAUUGACUAUAUAUUUG